GUAAAAAGUGAACUCUUCAGAUCGGAUUUGGUGGCGUGUGGACACGUGUGCUUGUUCUGUUUUGCUACUCAGAUAAAUCAGCUCAAAUGUGGUACAUGCAUGGAUGAUGGAAGCAUGUUUAUUUUGAGGAUAACUUAAGUGGGUCAAGCAGAGGUAUUAUCCGCGGGUGGCAGUAAUGCACACCACGAGUUGUUUGCGAGCUGCCAGAAGGACAAUCGAAGAAGCUCUAUUGAGACUUGUGGUUGUCUCGGCAACCGGUAUACAACAGGGGAAGCCAGGCCUGGCUUCACCUCCUGGCACUUUGCUUUGUAGUUGGAUCAAAAGUUGACCCUUUUGAAGAUGCCGACCAAUAAUGCUGCAGCACCUGGGAAAAAGAAGGUGCCUGCUGCAAAGUCACAAAAAGCAAGCAACAAGAAAAAGGAUGAGGAAGAUGACUUUGGUGAUUAUGGCUGGGAAGAAAGGACUCAUGGCAAACUUACGAAACCUGCUGAUCAACUGGAUCUCACUGAAGCUGAGCUGAAGGAGGAAGUCACAAGGAUUCUGACAGCCGAAAAUCCACACGCGCCGCAAAAUAUCGUCCGAUACAGCUUCAAGGAAGGUGCUUUCAAGCUGACCAGUGUUGUUGAUCAGCUGGCUGUCCACUUUGUCCUGGAUGGUUGUCUCAUUCAUCAGGACUCUGAUGAGGCUCGCAGGCUGGCAGCCAGUGGAGACCUUCCUGAAGAGACAACAACGGUUGAUACUGGAGCCGAGCCUGAUGAGGGAAAAACAGAAAUACUGGAUGCGUCUGGAGAUGGAGGUGAGGAUGAGGAUGCUGGGGAAGAUGACAGGCCAGAUAGCGUUGCCUCCAAAACAAAUGAGCAGGAGCCAAAAUGUACAAACCAGUUCAAUUUCAUUGAAAGAGCUUCGCAAACACUCAAUAAUGCACUGCGGGAUAGAAGCUGCCAGACGGUACCGCCUCCACGCUGCAACUAUUCGGCCACCGCUACUCAGUGGGAGAUAUAUGACGCGUACACGGAGGAGCUGCAGAAACAAGAAAUGAAAAAAGACAAGCAGAGAGCCUUCCAAAUAAAGAAAGAUGGCGACCAGAACAAAAAGAAGAUAUUGAAUGAAACGCCGAAUGAUGACAUCACACCAAUGGCCAUGCCAGUCACACUGUUGGAACGAAUGGUCAAUCAGAAUACAUGCAAUGACAUAGCACAAGAUUUCAAAUACUUUGAGGAUGCGGCGGAUGAAUAUAGGGAGCAAGAGGGCACUCUUCUUCCCUUGUGGAAGUUCCAAUAUGACAAAGCCAAAUGGAUGUGUGUCACGGCACUCUGCUGGAAUGAGAAAUAUCCCGAUCUUUUUGGCGUGGCCUUGGGAUCUUAUGACUUCAGCAAACAGGGCCGCGGGAUGCUCCUCUUCUACACCUUGAAGAACUCCACCUUCCCCGAGUACAUCUUCCCAACGGGUUCUGGCGCCCUGAGCCUCGACAUUCAUAAGCGAAAUUCCUAUCUGGUGGCCGCCGGUUUCUAUGAUGGCUGCGUUUGUGUGUACAACUUGAAGAAGAAGGGACCGGAACCUGAAUACAAGAGCAAUGCGAAAACUGGCAAGCACACUGACCCUGUCUGGCAGGUGCGAUGGCAGAAUGACGACAUGGACAACAAGCAUAAUUUCUAUUCUGUGUCCUCUGAUGGCCGUGUUGUGUCUUGGACACUCAUUAAGAAUGAGCUGGUCUUCUCAGACACUAUCAGGCUCACGGUGGCUGAUCCUGAUGGUAUUCAGGAGCGCAGCACUGUUGGCGGUACAUGCUUUGACUUCCACAAACAGACCGACUCUCUUUUUGUCGUUGGCACUGAGGAGGGUAAAAUACAUAAGUGCUCCAAGAAUUACUCCAGCCAGUUCCUAGAGACUUACGCUGCCCACAACAUGGCAGUGGAUGCCGUGAAGUGGAAUCCUUACCACCCAAAGGUUUUCAUCUCUUGCAGCUCAGACUGGACCAUCAAGAUCUGGGACCAUACUGUCAACACUCCCAUGUUCACAUUUGAGCUCAACGCUCCAGUUGCUGAUGUGGCCUGGGCACCACACUCCUCCACUAGCUUUGCUGCUGUCACCACAGAAGGAUUGGUCCACGUUUUUGACCUGAGCAUCAACAAGUAUCAGGCUAUCUGCCAGCAGCCGGUGGUGGCAAAAAAUAAGACCAAACUGACUCACAUUGAAUUUAAUCCUGUCCAUCCCAUCAUCAUCGUGGGAGACGACAGAGGCUCUGUCAUCAGCCUGAAACUGUCCCCGAACCUCCGCAAGAAACCAAAGGGCAAGAAAGGUCAAGAGCUGCCCGAAGGUCCCGAAGUGGAAACGGCCAAGAUGGAGAAGCUUCUCAACUUACUGAGGGACUCGGAGCAAAGCAGUGUCAAGUGACCCCUCACCGUUUCCUUGUCGCCACGUGUCCAAGAAGUCAGUGCAAAAAAAA